UUCCGCUGCAUGAGGAUGACCAAUGGCGUAAUAGUGUUUGUGACGUCAGCCGCCCGCGCCACCCGCGCCCGCCGGCAGAAUCGCGAAGUUUGCAACAUGUCGGGUCUCCUUAAGCUGGACAAUGCGCUCAGGACCAAGGUUGAUGCUUUUAGAGAACGAGUCACUGCUGAAGCAGAAGACUUAGUUGCAAGUUUCUUUCCAAAGAAGCUGUUGGAACUUGAUUCCUUUCUCAAGGAACCGCUCUCGAAUAUUUCGGAUUUGGCAACCAUUCACUCAGAUCUCAACUUACCUGUGCCAGAACCUAUUGUGCUCACCAAUAGCCACGAUGGCUUGGACAGUACAAUGAGUACUUCAUGCAACAUAAAGAAGAGAAAGCUGGAAGACGGUGAAACUGAUUGUCCAGUUUCAGGUACAAAGGUGUUUAUAAUGCCAAAUGGAAUGCUAAAGAGCAACCAGCAACUCGUGGAGAUGAUUGAGAAAAUAAAACCAGAAAUCAGAACACUUAUGGAAAAGUGCAAUACAGUUAAAAUGUGGGUCCAAUUGUUGAUACCAAGGAUAGAAGAUGGCAACAAUUUUGGUGUUUCUAUUCAGGAAGAGACUGUUGCAGAACUUAGAACAGUUGAAAGUGAAGCUGCUUCAUACUUGGACCAGAUCUCUAGAUAUUACAUAACAAGAGCAAAGUUGGUGUCCAAAGUAGCCAAGUAUCCUCAUGUGGAAGACUAUCGUCGCACGGUAUCAGAAAUUGAUGAAAAGGAAUACAUUAGUCUUCGAUUAAUUGUUUCUGAGCUGAGAAAUCAAUAUGUAACGUUACAUGACAUGAUCCUUAAAAACAUUGAAAAAAUCAAACGACCCAGGAACAGCAAUGCAGAUGCACUGUAUUAACAUGCUUGUCUCGUGAAACGGAAUCUGACCUUGGUAACCCCAAAUAUGAGACCAUGAUUGCCUUGGCUUAUUGAGUGAAAUUGGUCUUGCUGCAGUAAAAGGAAAUUGGUUGGAAAGUGAAGCACAGGGUUAGUUGCAUUUUAGUGAAAUAAACGAUAAGAAAGAAUCUCCAUUCUUUUAUUUUUGUGAUGUUUAAGAGGUUUUUUAAUCCUCAGGAAUCUUUUCCCAUUUGCUCUAAAGGAUCUUUGUAAUGUACAGUAUUAGUGAUCAUAGGAAGCAAUUAUGUUUAGAAGUAGGUUUUAUUUCAAAAGUAGUAUUUUUCACAUCCAUUAAUAUCUUUAAUGUGAUCCACAAAAGCUGAUGUAUAAAAUAUUCUGUACAUUCUGAACGAUUAUUCAAGUACAACUUUUAUGUACAGGGAACCACUCAAAACACGAGCCACAUGUUUGCAGGCAGCAUAUGAUAAAUGAAAACACACAGUCAUUGCACCAUACUUUACAUUUAUUGUCUGUUCCUUUUCACUAUCCUAGUCACCUGCACACACCGUUUCUUUUACGAGGAAGUUAUUUGAAAAUAUUCUUUUAAAAUAAAGUAUAGUGCCGUAUGCUUGGUCUGAGCCUCCAUAAUGGGGCUUAAAUGAAGCUAAAAAUUCUAUUUAAAUUACAUAUUUCUGUGAUCUAACGGCCAUAAGUUAGAAUACUGAACAUUAGAUUUUCCUGUUAAUCCAUGCUUUCAGCAUUUUAUUUCUUGUGAAGUUACUCCCAGUUUUUAAGUCAGUCUCUGCACUUUGCCAAGAAUUUUUCACCUUUGAUCUGCAAGAUGUGCGAAUGUUCUGCUCCUUAGUCAAGGGUUUGGGUGUGUGGGUGGGGAGGGAGGUAGGGGAAGAAAUUUGCAAGUCAUAGAAAUUUCUAUUGAGCCCAACCUUCAGAACGCGACAACUAUAAAACUAUAUUUAAAAGCAAAUAAAACAUGCCUCCUAGAUACUUUGUGUUGAGGUCUGUAUAUGAUAAUCUGUCGAGUAACUUUUUAUAUACAAAUAUAAAAAUCUGUUUACAUCAUGCAGUGUUACAAGAUAAUUACAUUAAAGACUACAGAAGUAGGUUUAAUAGAGAUUGAUAUAAUUGUGUUAUUGUGCCAGUUAUUAUGCUGUGUUUAUAAAAUCAAAUUAAUAUGAUUUUUUUUCAAAAUAAGCUUUCUUUAUAAGUAUUAAAACAAAAUACAGAUUCUGGAAAGCUGAAAUCAGAAGAGAAAAUGUUGGAAAUACUUAGUAUGUGCAGAGGAAAAAUACAAUUAACCUUUUAAAUCUAUGGACUGUUAUCAGAAAUAUCUAUUUGAUGGGCAGAUAAUGCAGAAUUUUCAAUCGUGUUUAAAAAUACCACUCAUUAGUUUUAUUCAUCUAAUUUUGCUGUUGUUUUCUUUCAUUAUUUUCAACCUUCCUUGCACAAGCAUUAACUGGAUGUCUGGGUAAUCAAAGCAAUGAAAUAUGGCAGUGCUAUGAAACAUGUUUGUUAAUGUACUCUAAUUUCUCAGAAAGAAUUAUAAAAACAUGCACAUUAUGUUUUGCUGGAAACAUAUUAAUGGUAUUGCCAUUACAAGGAUUUAACCUCAAGGUAACCUAUAUAUGAUAAUCUGAAUAUAUCUGGUCCAACACACUGAAACUAUUACUGCUCCAGUGGAAUCUGCACAGACUUUUAAGUCUGACAUUUGGAAAUAAUUAAAGCAGGAAACAGCAGCAAAAGAUUUUGUUAAAAGCUGUUUCUAUAUUUUACAAUAAGAGUAUGCUGAUUUAAAAUUAUUUUUUUAAUUUGAGAUCGCUACUGGACAGUGUACUUUGUCCAAGCACACUUCCGCAAACUUUCACAUGAGCCAGAGCAUCAUAAUACAGCUGCAGAGGUCAAUCCAGCAUUCUAAUCUGGAGCUUUACAGUUAAGAUUCAAGAUUGUUUAAUGUCAUUUUCUGUGCACAAGUGUAAGGAGAAUGAAGUAACUGUUACUGUGGAUCCAAUACAACACACAAAAAAACUCACAAGUUAACACGAUAAUAAUAAAAAUCACACAAUAAAUACAUAAGAUAGCUUGUG